AUGUGCAAAUUUGUGGUGAGGCCAUCUAAAAGGGCUCCGGGAGAUCUGGAGGUUGUUGGUCUCGAUGUUGCAAUUCCUCAGGUUGAAUCUCCUCCUGCACCUGAAAAUGACUUGGAAGCCGGUACCGAUUGCCAUGACGACGGCGACUCUGAAACUCACCGUCUCCAGAGCUUGUGGAAGUGUACGCUCAUGUCCAGGAGUUUCAAAGCAGUAAAGCCAAAUAUCUCUCAGUUGACAAUCUCAAUUAAUGGCGGGUUUGGAAUUACAGUGGACGAGCUCGUCGGAGUUCGUAGCCUUCAAGCUGAUGGGGAUUUACCAUUUGAUGAUACAAAGGUUCGAGGUUUAUCCACUCGCCUGAAGACUGACCUAAGAAAGGGCAUAGACUUGCGGGACGAUGAGAUUCUGAAACGUAGGCAGAUAUUUGGGUCAAACACAUACCCUAGCAAAAAGGGAAAGAGUUUUUGGUGCUUCAUCUGGAAAGCUAGCCAGUUUCCACCUUCUCUGGUUGUUCUGCUUGCUGUUGUCAUUAAUUCGCUGCUGAGAAUUAAAGGAAAGGCCAUUAACGAUGGAUGGUAUGUAGAAGCUUUUGUCAUUUUGACCACUGUCCUUGACAUCAUUGUGAGAGCUUUCACCGAGUACAACCAGUCUCGUCAAUUUGAAAAGUUUAGUGAGGAGAAGAGAAAUGUCAACCUCGAGGUUAUUAGAGGUGGCAGAAGAGUCUCGGUUUCUACUUCUGAUGUUGUUGUGGGCGAUCUUGUACCCCUCAAGAAUGGUGCUCAGUUACCUGCAGAUGGUGUCCUGUUUGUUGCAAACUCAUUGAAGAUUGACGAGCAAAAAAUAACUGGCUCCCACAAUAUUGUUACAAGUGUUGGAGCCAACACUGUAUGGUGGUCGAAAAUGGAGUUUCCCCAUGAGACUGAUGAAGAAAAGCCCUUUCAGGUAUACUUGAAAUGGCUUGGAAUUUAUGCUAGCUGGUUGGUUGUUUUCUUCGCUUCAGUUGCAUGUGUUGUUCAAUUAUGCCGAUACUUCUAUGGUCGGACCAAAAAAUCAGAUGGCACUCCAAUGUUUAUCCUCAAAAUUACCACUGUUGAUGAAGCAGCAGAAUUUGUGAUCAAAUCUCUGAGUUUUGGGAUCGCGACAAUAAUAGUGGCAGUGCCUGCCGGACUUUCUAUAGCUGUUCUCAUGAACCUUGCAAAUACAACGAGAAAAAUGAUGACAGACAACGCUUUGGUGCAGACAUUUUCUGCAUGUGAAAGAAUGGGAUAUGUUACAACUAUAAUGUCGGUGGUUGAUGUCUGUGCUGGAGGAAUAAGAAUGCAAGGUACGGAUUGUGCUUCACAGUUUCCUACGUUUCUUAAAGAACUAAUCAUAGAAGGCAUUGCCCAAAACACAAAUGGCAGCGUCGUUCUUGAAACGGGAGUCACUGAACCAGAGGUUUAUGGAUCACCUACAGAACAAGCCAUUCUUUCCUGGGGGAAUAAGAUGGGAAUGAGAUUUGAUGAUGCUAGGUCAGCAUCAUCAGUCCAUUAUGUUAUACCAUUCAAUCCAAACAAGAAAUAUGGUGGCGUGGCACUACAGGUUGGUACAAGAAACCACGUUCACUGGAAAGGAUCUGCAAAGAUUAUUCUGAAUUCAUGCAAAUGGUGUAUGGAUGGGGCUAACAACUGCAAAGCUAUUGAUGAACAGAAACGGGAGAUUGAAAGAAUAAUUGGAGACAUGUGUAUGAGAGGAAUGCGUUGUGCUGCACUUGCUUACCAGUCCUAUGAGCUUGGAAGUCUUCCAACCAGUGACGAGGAACGUUCUAGACUACCUCAGGACCUUGUUUUGUUGGCUAUUAUUGGUAUAGAGGAUCCUUGCCGGCGAGGCACAAAGGCUGCGAUCAAACUGUGCAAGUCCGGAGGUGUUAAGGUUUUAGCUGAAGCCUCUCCCAGCGACAUCCUUCUGUUUGUCACAACACUGAAGACAAACGGGCAAGUAGUUGCAGCCACUGGGAUGGGAAUACAUGAUACAAUGGCACUACUCAAGGCGGAUGUUAGCCUUGCCAUGGGAAUUGGAGGGACAGCAUCAGCAAAAGAGAAUUCCGAUAUCAUUAUAUUGGACAACAAUUUUGUCACAAUUCUCAAGGUUAUCCAAUGGUGUCGAUCUCUAUACACCAAUAUCCAGAGAUAUGUCCUAUUCCGUCUCACUGUCAGUGCAUCAGCUGUGGUUAUCUGUCUGGUUGAGGUUGUAUUUUAUGAUGCAUUUCCACUUAACACCGUGCAGCUUCUGUUGCUUAAUCUUAUUGUCGACAUCUUUGGAGCACUAGCGCUGGCAUACAGACCAGCAGCUCGCCACCUAAUGGGAAAGCCACCAGUUGGUAUAAGAGACCCUUUUAUAACCAGGAGGAUGUGGUUGAAGUUGGUAUUACAGGUGAUUUACCUUGUGGUGUUUCUGGCGCUCGUACAUUCUGAUAGUAUGAUGAAGCUGGAGCAUGGUCAUACUGGGGAUGCUGAAAAAGUGAAAAACACAUUUAUAUUCAAUUCCCUGGUUUUCUGCCUGGUUUUUGGUGAGUUUGAAUUCCGAAGUGGAGACCAACCCUGGAAAGAAAUCCUUAAAGACAAUCUGUUUGUCGUUGCCAUAGCCUCAACUAUCAUUUUUCAGAUAAUCGUAAUAGAGUUUCUGAGCAUUUUCAUCUCUGCCGCGAGGCUCGACUUUACGAAAUGGCUGCUGUCGAUUCUUGCCGGAGUCUUGAACCAAUUCGCCACUCGCCUCCCGUUUGAAGCCUAUCAAUAUUACUACAGUAACUGA